AAAACUGAGGAAUCGCCUUUCGGCCGGAACCGCCAUCUUCCAGUAAUUCGCCAAAAUGACGAACACAAAGGGAAAGAGGAGAGGCACCCGAUAUAUGUUCUCUAGGCCUUUUAGAAAACAUGGAGUUGUUCCUUUGGCCACAUAUAUGCGAAUCUAUAAGAAAGGUGAUAUUGUAGACAUCCAGGGAAUGGGUACUGUUCAAAAAGGAAUGCCCCACAAGUGUUACCAUGGCAAAACUGGAAGAGUCUACAAUGUUACCCAGCAUGCUGUUGGCAUUGUUGUAAACAAACAAGUUAAGGGCAAGAUUCUUGCCAAGAGAAUUAAUGUGCGUAUUGAGCACAUUAAGCACUCUAAGAGCCGAGAUAGCUUCCUGAAACGUGUGAAGGAAAAUGAUCAGAAAAAGAAAGAAGCCAAACAGAAAGGUACCUGGGUUCAACUAAAGCGCCAGCCUGCUCCACCCAGAGAAGCACACUUUGUGAGAACCAAUGGGAAGGAGCCUGAGCUGCUGGAACCUAUUCCCUAUGAAUUCAUGGCAUAAUAGGUGUUAAAAAAUAAAUAAAUAAAGGAC